CAGGGGUAUAGAAGAGGCAGGGACCAGCAGCAGCUGCAUUCCUCCCUAGCAAGAGCAUCCUCCGCUCACCCCCAAUAUGCUGGGGUGCGUGGGGUCCCACUCGGGAAGCUGAGCACUGCAGGGGCACCUCCACGCGGGACCGUGGACUCUCGCUCUCUCUCCCCCAUGUACCCACACAGGCACUCGGCAUGCAGCAGCAGCAGCAGCCGCCACUGAGUGUGACCUGAUCGCCGGGGAGCCUCCUCCUUAGCACCGGCCCUGCCGCAGCCCCCCCCGCACUGCUGAGCGGACCCCCGCACCGAGUUACAUGCAUGUCCAGUGGGGGAAGAUUUAAUUUUGAUGACGGGGGGUCCUACUGCGGCGGCUGGCAGGAUGGCAAGGCUCACGGGCACGGCAUCUGCACGGGUCCCAAGGGGCAGGGCGAGUACACCGGCUCCUGGUCUCACGGCUUCGAGGUGCUGGGGGUCUACACCUGGCCCAGCGGCAACACCUACCAGGGCACCUGGGCGCAGGGCAAGCGGCACGGCAUCGGGGUGGAGAGCAAGGGCAAGUGGCUGUACCGGGGCGAGUGGACGAACGGCUUCAAAGGGCGCUACGGGGUCCGGGAGUGCACGGGCAAUGGGGCCAAGUACGAGGGCACCUGGACGAACGGUCUGCAGGAUGGCUACGGCACGGAGACCUACUCAGACGGAGGUACAUACCAAGGUCAGUGGGCGGCUGGAAUACGCCAGGGAUAUGGAGUGCGCCAGAGUGUCCCGUACGGAAUGGCUGCAGUUAUCAGGUCCCCCCUUAGGACCUCCAUAAACUCGCUCCGCAGCGAGCACACCAAUGGAACAGCAAUGCAUCCGGAUACCUCCUGUGGAAUGGCUGGCAGUCCUGCUGUCUCCAGAGGAGGGUUCGUCUUGAUGGCCCACAGUGAUGCAGAGAUGUUAAAGAACAAGAAGAAAGGCAUCUUCAGGAGGUCCAUUCUCAGCGGUCUAAAGCUUCGUAAAUCAGAAUCUAAAAGCUCCCUGGCUAGCCAGCGGAGCAAGCAGAGCUCUUUCCGCAGUGAGGCCGGCAUGAGCACCGUGAGCUCCACUGCAAGCGACAUUAACUCCACCAUCAGCCUGGGCGAAGGGGAGACUGAACUCUCCGUCAUCGAGGACGAUAUCGAUGCCACCACCACCGAGGUCUACUUGGGUGAGUGGAAGCACGAUAAGCGGUCUGGUUUCGGAGUAAGUCAACGCUCGGAUGGACUAAAAUAUGAGGGAGAGUGGGCCAACAACAAGCGGCAUGGUUAUGGUUGCAUGACGUUCCCUGACGGCACCAAGGAGGAAGGGAAGUACAAACAGAACGUCCUAGUGAGCGGGAAGAGGAAGAACCUGAUUCCACUCAGAGCCAGCAAGAUCCGGGAGAAAGUGGACCGGGCGGUGGAACAAGCCGAGAGAGCGUGCAACAUCUCCAAGCAGAAAGCAGAGAUUGCGGCAUCAAGGACGUCACACUCCAGGGCUAAAGCAGACGCGGCUGCCACAGCGGCUAUUAAGGCGCAAGAUGAAGCUCAGAUCGCCAGGAUCGCUGCCAAAGAGUUUUCCCCAUCCUUCCAGCAUCGAGAAAAUGGGCUUAAAUGCCAGAGGCCAAAACAUCAAAACUCAAGUGACGAUAUUGAGGUCAUCUCAACUGAAACCCCACCGCAGCAUGAUAGCCCUGAACUGUAUCGGAAGGGGACUACUCCAUCCGAUGUGACCCCGGAUGACAGUCCUAUGAGGAGUCCACUGUGCAGCCCACCUUCCACCCCACCUCCACCUCAGCCAGCCCCCAAGUCUAGGAACAAGAGUGCCCACUUUUCUAGACAGUUGUCUGUGGAUGAGGAUCGGGGAGGGGACAUCCAGAUGCUGCUCGAGGGAAGGGCUGGGGACUAUGUUAGACCCAACAGCUGGAGUGAAGUUGGUGGGAGUAGAGUAGGGAUGCCAUCAGGCAAUCCCUUGGGACCUUGUUCCAUUCCUGAAGACCUCAUGAUGAAGAGCACUGGCCACCGGCACGUGGUGUCCAACCAUAAGCCGAGAGAAAGGUGGUCAGACUCCUCAACCACGGUAUCUUGGACUUCACACCGGACACACAACCAUAGCCCAGGUGGGAACAAGCUGCUGGAGGUAGAUGAGGAGAAACUAAGCAACUAUGAGAUGGAGAUGAAGCCGCUAAAGAGAAUGGAUUCUUAUAUGCAAGAGAUACAUACCCAAAAAAGACAGUACAGCAAAGCAGGGCCCCGGAACCCAGCUGAGGGCCAUCACCAAGAGGACCGCAUGUACGGAGUCCAGAGACUGAGGUCCAAACCUCAGAGCAAAGAGAACUUCAGGCCGGCAGGUUCUGCUGAGCCCACCGUGCAAAAACUGGAUACCCUGCGGUUUGGGGAGAAAGGGGAAUCCCGGCUCUUGAGGCGAGAUCUAACCCUCUCCCCGCCGCAGAAAUCUUUACCUGUUGCACUAGAAUCCGACGAGGAGAAUACAGCUGAGCUCAAGCCCACGUUAAUGGAUGCACGUCUUCCAUGGCUCCUUAAAGGACCCGUACACCCCAAAAUCGAGAGUUCACUUAUGAACAAUGGCUCCGCCCCCAUCCUGGUAGUCAUGGUGAUUUUGCUGAACAUCGGAGUCGCCAUUUUGUUUAUCCACUUUUUCAUUUGAUGGAACUGCUCCAAGGUUUGCAAAAAAAGAAAUAAUAAUAAUAAUAAUAAAACCAUUUAAAACGAGAAAAAAAAUAAUAAGUAGAACAAUGGACGCUGCUUAUGGAGCCAGGAAUGCAACUGUGGCUCUGUCGUCGGCUGAUUUUCUGAUCAAGCCUCUGCAUUUUAAUACUCUUUAUUUUAAUUAAAUCUUUUUUUUUUCUUCCAAAGGAACAAGAAUUACGUUUGUAUCACAGUUUGCCUUUUCCCCCAUGAGUAAUGUCUUUUUUUGUUUUAAUUUUUUUUUCUUGGGGUAUUUAUUCAUUAUUUUCGUGCUUGUUUGGCAUGAGAGAAUGCAAAAGAUAUUGACAUUUUAUUUUAUUUUUACCCUAGUCAGUCUUCUCCGGAACGUUGUGUUAAACGUGUGUGAUGGGUUUAUAGAAUCAAAGACUAACACAAGAGACUUUUUGAUUGGGUUGACCCACUUAGGUUACAGUAUAAUGGACCAGCUAUUGUCCGAGGUUCUCCAGUCCUAUACCCUCUGCUACAAAAAUGGUCUCCACCAUAGUCUGACGCCAUCCUGCAAGAGGAACAUGCAGUGCCAUGCCCGCUCAUUUCUAUAAUGUCCUAUUUCAGCUGCAUUGUGUAAUCAUUCAGGGGAGAUUUUAGCUCCUGUUAAAUCAUUGCAUAAUGUUAUUCUUAUUAUUGGACUGAGACAGUCCUAAGAAUAUAGGGUCAGAUGUAUUAACCUGGUGAAGGCAUAAGGAAGUGAUAAAC